UGGCAGCAGGGCGAGGAGGAGGACGAGGCAGCGAGAGGAGCGAGUAAAAGUAGAAGCCCCAGCAUCGAGAGGAAGCGGAGGCGGUGAAGCGAGGCGAGCGGAAUUGGGUGCAAUUGUGCGGACAGACGGUGUGUUGCUGCAGUCGAGCGAGGGCUGCGAGCUCGGAGAUCUGGUGGUGAAGCAGGCGAGCGGAAGCGAUGCUGAGCAGGCAAGCUUUGAGGACGGGCCUCAGAGCCUGGAGGCCCGCAGUGGGAGCGAUCCGUCGCUCGUUCGCCGCGGACGCUGGCGCUGCUGCUGUGCCCGCCGAGGAUGCGGAGAGCGCGGAGUUCUUCAAGAAGUGGUCCAGCGUUGCCCCGAAUCUCGAUAAGCCCCACUUACCCCACACGUACAUGAAGGCUCGCUCCACUCGGACCGACAUCCCCGCCAAGCUGACCCUCAACUUCAUUCUCCCCUACAAGUUCCAGAUUGAAGCCAAAGAGGUGGACAUGGUCAUAAUCCCAGCCACUUCCGGACAAAUGGGAGUUCUUCCAGGUCACGUGCGGACCAUGGCGGAGCUGAAGCCCGGUCUCCUGUCAGUCCACGAAGGUGAUUCCGUCGAGAAGUGGUUCGUGAGCAGCGGGUUCGCCUUCAUGCACGAAAACUCCGUCGCAGAUCUCGUGGUCGUGGAAGGUGUACCGCUCGACCAGAUUGAUGCCGAGGAAGUCAAGAAGGGACUCGCCCAUUACACGCAGCUUGUUAACACCGCGUCGACAGAUUUGGAAAAGGCUAAGGCACAGAUCGGUUUGGAGGUACACAGUGCCAUGAGUGUUGCCCUAGCUGCGUAAGCGGUGAUCAUGUUUUGUGGGACCGUGACAUCGCAACGGAGAAUUUGCUGUCAAUAGCUCAGCCGCCCUUUGGAUAUAAUCGGUGACCGUCAAAGCGAAUCUACUCGUCAUCUCGAGGUGGCACAACGAGUCACCUGCGGUGUAGUUUGUUUGAUAGUCUCUUCAACUCGAAUUUGAGAAAUGGGAUGGACAUUGCGAGAAAAAAGACUCCGAGGUUAUGAGAUUACCCUUUUUAACUCAGGACCGGGUUUGGACGAGGGUGAACAAUCAUUGUAGGAUAUGAGAACGGAAUAAUGACCAGAAGGACCAAUGCCCUUCUUGAGUUUCCCUGAAUUCUUUUUCUGUGCUGUUCUGAAAGUGCAGGAAUGCCAAUUCAGAACGAUGUUCUCGUCCUCUUAUCAGUUUUUUUGAUAGUAUUCGGUGGCCGACCUUUGAGCCUGUUCGUGUUUUGUUGGCUCUGUAUAUAUCGUUCUAUGAGGUCAGAUGUGUACUUUUUCUCAUUUCUUCC